UCAAUGUUUCUAAUAAAAUUAAUAAUGGAUUUGAAAAUAACAAUAUUUACAGAAAAUAUAACCCACAAAUCUUUGACAAAAUCCAUCACAAGCUAGGUUCACAUAAUAAUAACAAAAAUGGCGUCAUCCUCAUCAUUAGGAUCAACAGUAACAGUGCCAAAAGUAAAAUUAGGAUCUCAAGGUUUAGUGGUUUCAGCACAGGGUUUGGGUUGUUUCGGUAUGUGCGGAAGCUACGGACUUCCCAAACCCGAUCCCGAUAUGAUCAAACUCAUUCACCACGCCGUUGACUCCGGUGUCACGUUUCUUGACACUUCAGACUUGUAUGGCCCUCACACCAACGAAAUCCUCAUCGGUAAGGCAUUGAAAGAAGGUGGACUGAGAAAUAAAGUUCAAAUUGCUACUAAAUUUGGAAACCGAGUAAUCGAUGGAAAGCUGGAUGUUUGUGGGGAUCCAGCGUAUGUUCGAUCAGCCUGUGAAGCUAGUUUGAAGAGACUUGAUAUUGACUGUAUCGAUCUCUACUACGUUCAUCGCAUUGAUAUUCGUGUUCCUAUUGAAGUCACGAUGGGAGAACUGAAGAAACUUGUAGAGGAAAGGAAAGUGAAGUAUAUAGGAUUGUCAGAAGCUUCUGCUUCGACAAUUAGAAGGGCUCAUGCUGUUCACCCGAUAACAGCAGUACAACAAGAAUGGUCUCUAUGGACUAGAGAUUUAGAGGAUGAAAUUGUUCCCACUUGCAGAGAACUUGGCAUUGGGAUUGUUCCUUACAGUCCAAUUGGCAGAGGAUUCCUGGCUGCCGGUCCUUCACUGGUCGAGAACUUGACUGAGGGCGACUUCAGGAAGAGUUUCCCAAGGUUUCAAAAUGUGGACCACAAUAAGACCAUAUUUGAGCGACUGAACGAAAUGGCUACAAGGAAAGGGUGUACCGCAGCGCAACUAGCACUAGCCUGGGUGCAUCACCAAGGAACUGAUGUGGUUCCAAUACCAGGUACCACAAAGUUUGAGAACUUGAACCAAAACAUUGGAGCUUUGUCUGUAAAGCUAACACCAGAGGAGAUGUCGGAACUUAAAUCCUUUGCUUCAAGUGAUGUAGUGAAGGGGGAAAGGCAUGUAUACAUGCAACUGACGUGGAAAAAUUCAGAGACUCCUCCAUUGUCGUCUUGGAAAGAUAUUUAAGCUGUUCAAUGAAGCGGCACAGGAGCUUUAAGAAUUUAGACUAUUGUUCUAUAAUAACUUUGGGCAAGUAAAUGACCUGUGUGGUUUCUUGCAAUUCUUGAUACUGUAUUUUGUAUUGGGAUUGAAUUUAUUACAUUACAUUCAGCACGCUUAGUUUUCUACAGAGUAUUUUGAAAUGUAUGUUAAGUAAAACAAUAUUCAUCCCUUUUCAGAAUUAAUUACACUUCAGAUA